AUGGAAAGAAUUGUAGUAAGGUAUCGCGAUAGAGAAAUGAAGUAUAGGGGAAGAGGUUACAAUCCGGCAACCCCAAGCCGUAUAGUUGAAUAUUCGCUUAACGAGUUCCAACCCGAAGAAUCCUUUGAUUUUAUUUAUCUAUUGAGAGAUUGUAAUGACCCGAAUAUUAUAGGAAUUGAUCAAACAGAUAAUGCUCUUAUUAAAGAGUCGGUACGAUUUCCAUUAAACUUUAGAUCAAGAGUAAUUAAUAAAUGUAAAAUAAGAUCCAGAGUGAUUAAGUCGAAAGAGAUAAAAGAAAAAAUCUCCUAUUUAGGAGAAAAAGCUGAAAAUGAGAGAAAAAAGGAGAAUAUAGAAUGCACAACAAAAAAUGAAACCAAAGACAAAACUAUUGAGUUUUGUGAGUUUUGGUCAAAACUGGAACAAUCGCCGGAAUUAUACAAAGAUCUGGAAACCAAAACUGAUGAAAAUAAACAAAUUGAAAUAGGUCGCGAUAACAAACUUCCUAUUAAGGAAGAAAAUUUAAAAGAUUUAGUAAAAAAUGACAAAACUAUUGAGUUUUUGCCAAAUUCGGAACUAACACAGGAAUUUCAGAAAGACCCGGGACUGAAUGGUGAAACCUUUAAAGAAAAUAAACAGGUAUUAUUUAUCGAGAAUGAAAGUCUUCCUAUUAAUGAAAAAUUUCCCAUAGAUACUCAGAAAAAUCGGAUUAGACAAAAAGAAUGAGAUGCAAUUUUUAAAACGACCCAAUAUAAAGAUUAAACUGUUAGAGUUGUUUCGAAAACCUCACGGACUCCCCGAGCCGAGAAGAGCUUCAUCGAAGGGGGGAGGGUUGCAUCUCGAAUUACUAGAUAAGACUCCUAUUAAGGAGGUAUUUCACUCAGAGAUUAAACUAUCCAGUAAUUUAGAGAUGCAAUUCUUAAAACACACUCAAACUCAUUAUACUCCCAAGCAUGGAGCUUCAUCGAAGAGGGAAAGGUUGCAUCUCGGAUUACUUGAUAGAGUUAAAAAGUGGUUUAAUUUAAUGAGAGUCGGAGCUAAAAGAAUAAGAAAGCAUGUAAAAUUUAAGAAAAAAGAUGAGACAAAUUCUGAAAAUAGAACCCGGAC